GCAUGUCCCAAGCGCAUUAACAAGCAGGGCGCCAACUGCUAAGCCAUUGGCAACAUGUGCUUGCGUAGUCACAACUUCAGCAGAAAUUCCAAAUAUUUGUGUACAAAUUAAGACAGUUAAGGACGCAAAGACUUUCGGCUUUUGAGAGCUAGACUAACUGUAAUAGCGACUACCUACUCUUUCCGUUCAAAUGUUUCGAAAUAUCCUACAGUCCCUUUCCUUAAGGGUUCCAUGGGCCAUCGCAGUGUGCAGCUUGGUUGCCGCAGUCCACCCACACUUCAUUGCUGUGGGAACUGGUCUCUUUGUUCGGACAGGGGUAACAGAGCUUGAAGAAAGCCUACGUUUCCUGGGCACAGGAGCAUGGCUUACUUUGCUGGGAUAUUACUGCUCCCAAUUCGUACCGGCGCUUUCCGAGCCCCGGCAGGCGUACCUGUUAGCUCUGUCGGCCCUAACGUUCACGCAACAACUUGUGAUGGGCGCCGGUGUGGCAGUUUAUGGAACACGGUAUAGCUCAAUUCUAGCGGUCAAGUUCACAGCUUGCCUCCUUCUCCUGUUUCAUGACCCAGCCCUGAGAGAGGAGAAGGUACUGCCGGUGCAACAGCCACAGCUGCAGCAGCCGCAGCAGCAGUCAACUCGGGCCAAAUGGGUCUUGGGCGUCUGCACCCAUGGUUUAUGGCUGCUGUACGCACUUUUCUUCACGCUGUUGCAUGCAUCGCCCGACGACGAGCUGGUUUGGCCGUACGGUGUUGCGGCUGCGCUGACGUACACGGUGGCGGUGGCUCGGCUUGGGAUGUUCAUCAGGGCACGGUACGUCGAAGCCCGUGCCACCCGGGAUUAACUUAAUGCUAGCCUGUAAAGCAGAUCUGGGCGCCACCCAGGAAGUUAUAACGUCCGGAUUCUAAGGAACACCAGGGUAUAAGGAAGCGGGCGGCAUUUUUGCGCUUUAUUAACUUACCACCAGUGGUUUACCCUGUGAGCCAAAUGCUAUGUCAUCUGACGAAGAACGGCGUUAGUAGCAGCCAUUGCUGCAUGGGUGUUGC